AUGAUGGGAUGCAUGAUUGGCGGAGCCACUGGUGUGCUUAUCGGAGGUUUCUCAGCUUUCCGGAUGGGAUUGAGAGGAAGGGAAAUGUUAAUUCAGAUUAGUCUUAUAAUCUUCUGCGUUUCUCUGUUUACUCGCUUCUGUGACCACCAAGCCAACAUCAUGUAA